AUGUCUCGUUCUCUGGUUGUAUUGAAAGAUAUCAAAAAUUGGAAUAUCUUCAGUGGGUUGUGUAUACGUCGACCCGGAGUUAUUGCACCAGAAUUGAAACCACUUGAAAAACAAGUGGCCGAUUUACUUGGAAAGGUCGAAUUUGAAAGAAGUCACUUGUCGGCACAUGAAUUAAGACAUGAAACUGAAACUAAAAGACUUGCUAGUGCCCUUUCAAAAGGAGUUGGUAAAAGUGCAGAAGAAUCACUCAUAACUGCUCGUGAAGCGGAGAUAAUGUGGGAGUUAGAGGCUGAGCAAUAUAAGCCAGCAGAACGAUUGACAGAAAAUGAUAAAUCUGAAAAUUUAAAGUCCGCUUGGCGUGUAUUAGAUAAACCUUUGUACUUAUUGGUCCAAUCCCCGAAAAAUGUAUCUAGUGGAUGGAAUCUUCCGAUUGCACCAGUAUCCGAUGGAAAAAAUUUAAGACAGGUCGCAGAUUCAAUAGCGACAAGUUUAUUACCAUCAAGAGCUAAAUGGUGUAUAUUUGGUAAUACACCAGUUGCUGUUUGGUUAACUGCAGAUAGAAAUAAAGAAGAUACUGGUACACAGAUAUACUUUUUCAAUGUUUAUGUUGAUAGACAUUGGCAUGGUGAAGAUUUAAUUUUAAAUAAUGAUUUCAAUAUUAAUAAUUUUAUAUGGGUGCCAAGAACUGAAUUGAAACGUUUUAUUAAACCGAGAACACUUUUAAAAACUUUAAAAUCAUUCGCUAUUGAUUAUUGA